AUGAAGAAGAAGAUGAGAAAUCCACCCUGUCGCAGAGGUCCAUGGGAAGCAUGCGUGUAAACUGUGCGCAAUCGUCCUCUUUUCGGUCAGCCAUUUUGGUUGCACAACGAGACAGUAAAGAUGCAGCUCUUCGUCCGUGCUCAAGAACUCCACGCCCUCGAGGUGUCUGGAAAUGAAACUGUGCAGGAAAUCAAGACCAAGGUGAAUGAGCUGGAGGGUCUGCCUGUAGAUGAGCUGGUGCUGACCCAUAGCGGGGCUCCCCUGGAGGACUCCCAGGUCCUGACCAGCUGUGGCAUCAGGGACCUGUCCAGCCUGCUGCUGGAAGUACGGCUUAGGGGAGGUAAGGUUCACGGCUCUCUGGCACGUGCAGGCAAGGUCAAGGGUCAGACACCUAAGGUUGACAAGGCAGAGAAGAAGAAGAAGAAGACUGGCCGUGCCAAGAGGCGCAUCCAGUACAACCGACGCUUCGUCAAUGUGAUGCCCACAUUUGGCAGGAAGAAGGGACCCAACUCCAACUCCUAAACUUUUACUGUAUUGUAAACUACUUGUGGAUUGUACUUGGCCAACUUUCUGUCUGUGCUUUGGAUUGUCACAUUUGAACAUGCUUUGACAGUCAAGACUAACUGACAGAUAGCUGACAUGUAUAUUGUUCACAUUGAUAAAUAAACUUGUUUCCAUGUGA